AUGCUCGAUUCUCUCUCGACCGACCUGCCGUCAUACGCAACUGCCGGUGGCAUCCACGAUAUCCCUCUCCCGACGAGCCCCGCGACGAACCUUCUUCGGCAUCCUCCAGAAGCCGCCGAGACAAAUCAAGAAGCCAGAGUACGAGCCCGGGUGGACAACAGUAUUGACGUGGAGGAAUCGGCUCUUGGAAAGUGUGCGACCGCCUUCAAGGACAGAACUAGUGGAGGCAUUCCGACAGCUGCCCUGCACUGCCGGAAUCUGCUCAAAUAUCUUCUGGAGAACAAGGAUGACGAGCCGGGCGCGGGGUUAACGUUGACGGAGCUGACGGCAGCGAGGGAAGCGCUUCUAAAAUUACCAAAAGAAGACACCAAGGAUCAUUUGGAAUUUUCCAGGGCCUUGUACGAGGCAAUCAAGGCGGAGAGGGCAUUGGAUCCGACGGAUCCUAGCGCGGCCGAAGAUUUUGAGUCCUACCUCGUAGCUUUGACUCUGUUUGGCGCAUCUACCGAAGGUCUUACAGUCCUUCAGAAGUACUGGAGCAGUCUUCCGGAGUCAGAAAGGCAGAACGCCCAGAACCUCUGGAUCAAUGUUUUCCAGGGUUUGGCGGAGGAGGGGCGCACAAAAGAACUCGUCGAUGCCGUCGCCAGGGCGGAGAAGCUCGGUGUGCCAUUUACGGCCAGCGUUCACGAGAUUUUGACGAUUUUCCACGCCAAGAAAGACCUUGCCUUGGAAACCAAAAAGUGGUUUUUGCGGCCGAUUCAUAACGACGAACGACCUACUGCCAGGACAUACAAGGAACUUCUGCAUUUUUCCGUCAGAACCGAGCAAAAAGGUUGGACAACACCGAUUUUCAAGAAACUCGUCGAUUCCAACCCGGGUAAGGAGCACUGGGACGUCAUAUACCAGUGGGCGGUUCUUUCCAUGGACAAGGGAUUAGAUGACGUGAAAGCCAUGUUUGAGGUUGUUGCUCGCCACAACCCGGAUGACGCUGCCGUCUUGCCCGACACAGAGACAAUCAACGGCCUUCUCGAGGUGGCGACCGAGAAGAGCGACCCUUACCUGGCAGAAAGGCUCAUUGCUUUCUCAUCUGAGCUUGGAAUCCGUCCCAAUGCCAAGACCUACCUUCUCCAAAUGGACUUCAAAAUCCGGGCGAAGGACUUAUCUGGCGCAAGAGCCGCGUACAUGCAGCUCCCGAAGACUGAGCUCAGUGGAGAUGAGGAUCUGCCACUGCUCAACAAAUACCUCCAGGCACUGUGCUAUCAAGCCACACCUGACUUGAAGGCGAUUCGGGAGAUCUCCGACGUCCUGGAAGAGCGGAUCGUCACUUUGGACCCCGAUACUGUGGUCGCAUUGUGCACAGUCUUCCUCAAGAAUGAUCAACAGUUCGAGGUCAUCGAUACGCUAUCGCUCAACGUCUUUCAACACAGCAAUGAACAAAGACGGUCCAUUCGAGAUGCGUUCGUUGCAUACUGUUUGGACAGGAAUAAUAGCACGGCAAGAGUAUGGGAUGCGUACUCAAUUUUGAGGCAAUUCUUCCAGGAGACCAGUGUAGAGAGCCGUCUUGAGCUGAUGGAGGCUUUCUUCAACCGCAACCGACCCGAUAUGGCUGUCCAUGUAUUCGGCCAUAUGAGGCAACAUGUCCAUCCGGUCUUCCACCCGACAAGUGAAGCCUACAUACAGUGCUACGAGGGUAUUGGCAAGUCUCCAGACUUGGAUAGUCUGAAAAUCGUCCAUAACAUGUUGAAGAUGGAUACCACUAUCCAACCCACAACAAGGAUGUACAACGCGUUGAUGAUUGCGUACGGGGCUUGCAGAAGACCCAGCACAGCACUAGACUUCUGGAAGGACAUCGUUCUCUCGGCCGAGGGCCCAUCCUACAACAGUCUCGAGAUCGUUUUCUCAUUGUGCGAAAUCAAAGCCUUCGGCGAUCAAAUUGCCAGAGAUAUCUGGAAAAGGAUCGAGAAGAUGGAGAUUGACGUUCCUCCGGCCGUAUUUGCAGCCUACUGCGGCGGCCUUGCUGGCAACGGCAACCUUCAGGAGGUACAGAGCACAAUCAGAACUAUGAAACGAGCUGUUGGGUAUGGGCCUGAUGCAAUGACAUUAGGCAUUCCGUUCAAUGCUCUGCCUGGACAGGGCUUGCAGAGAGACUUUGAGGCAUGGGCAAAGAAGCAGUUCCCUGAGGAGUGGGCGGAGCUGGAGAAGACACGCUACUACGUCACGGCGGAGAAGUUGAAGAAGUUCAAGCUGCAGCGGGUGCUAAAAGCAUGA